AUGAAGUUGUUAGAAUUCAAUCCAGGUUCAUUCUCCAAAGUUGAAUAUAAUAUAGGUGGUAUAAAUACAUAUAUCUAUAAUUCUGAAGUUUUGAAAUCCUAUGUUGAAUCAUUUUCACAUCACCAUAGAGAAGAUAUACCAAUCAAUGUCUUAUAUUUAAUUCAUCAAAGGGAAGGAAAUUAUACAUAUACAGAAUCAAUAGCAUACAACAUCUUAAAACAAUACAAGAGCCAGACUCCACUCAUUUGUAUUACAUUUGAUUUGAGAAAUCAUGGAGCUAGAGUCAUCAAUAAUCAAAAUAAUAAAGGGUGGUCAGAAGGUAAUAAAUCGCACGGUGUCGAUAUGUGGAGUAUAAUUAAUGGAACAAUCGAUGAUAUAACGUUGCUUAUGGAUCAAUUGCCAACCUACUUAAACUUGGAACCAUACUUGAAUGAAACUUCCAAGAAUGAACACAAGGUUAAAUUCAAGUAUCAUAACUUUUUAAGUGGUGUUUCUUUAGGUGGUCAUAUUGUCUACAGGUUUGCAUUAAGAUACCCCAAUUUAGUUAAGAUUAUUAAUCCAAUAAUUGGAAGUACUGACCUUACUAGUCUAUUAUAUACAAGAUUAAAAGGGAUUGAUAAUUAUACUAAAAAAUACUUCUAUUUUGAGUAUGACGAAUUGGACUUGACUGAGGAAGAGAGAUUGGAAAUGUAUCCUGAAACAUUACACAACCAGUUAAGUAAAGUCGAUACUGAAAUUUUUGAAAGUUUUCCAAUGGGUCAAGUCAAAUUGUUUGCUUGUUUUGGUGGUAAGGAUGAAUUGGUUCCUUUCCAAUUGAGUAAAACAUGGUGUGAUUUAUACCAGGGUACUAAUACUGAAAGUGGGAUUAUGGUGGAAGAUGUCGGUCAUGAUAUUACUGAAGAUAUGAUUAUUAAAUUUGGUCAAUGGUUAAAUAAACAUGUUUGA